AUGAACCUAGCUCCGCCAGUGAACAGGGCUAUGACCCAAUUGGACAGAGCAUUCUUCCAUAGAACGCUGUCUGUUGUUGAGGCGCACUUCAACGAGCCGAAACUGGUGGGCCAGUUCAUCAAGUUGUACUCCAAGGACAUGCUCAAGCUGAAGAAGAUGCGCAACGUCAACAAAUACGACGACGGCACAAGAGGUGUGCUACUGAAGGAUGAGGUCCACUCUGUAGAGGAGGUGCCUGUGAAGCUGUCUGCUGAGGGAUUCCGCUUCCUCCAGCAGAACAAGGUGCAAUUGAAGCCGUACUCAUUGACCAUAGGAUACGACUUCUGGAAAGCAGAGGAGAUCCUUGGAGCCAUACUGCCCGAGGAGUUCCUGGACGAGGUGCCUUCAGGCUUCACCAUCACUGGCCAUAUUGCACACUUGAACCUGAGAGACGAGUUUAAGCCAUUUGGCGAGCUUAUAGGGCAAGUCAUCCUGGAUAAGAACCCCAAUAUCAGAACAGUUGUUGAUAAGGUGGGGUCCAUCGAUACCGUAUACCGUACAUUCUCCAUGAAAGUGCUCGCUGGAGACGACGACCUCAUAGUGGAGCAGCGUGAGUCCAACUGCGUCUUCCAAUUCGACUUCUCAAAGGUUUACUGGAACUCGAGAUUACACACAGAGCACGAUAGGCUGGUCAAUACCUUCCAGCAGGGCGAGCUCGUGUGUGAUGUGAUGGCUGGUGUCGGCCCAUUCAGUGUGCCAGCUGGUAAGAAGAGGGUCUUUGUCAUCAGCAAUGACUUGAACCCAGACAGUUUCCACUGGAUGAAGGUCAACAUCCAAAGGAACAAGGUUGGUGAUUAUGUCGAACCUGUUAACGUUAACGGCAGAGAGCUUAUACAGAGAUGCUUGGACUAUGCCUCCCAGUUCGACAAAUCACACAACGGUGGUGUCAAGUAUCUUUCGAAAAAGCGUAAAGCCGGUGAGGAGCCCAUCUAUCAGUUCCUUCCAGUGCCAAAGUUCAUCCACCAUUUCGUCAUGAACCUUCCAGACUCUGCCUUGGAGUUCUUGAACGAAUUCAACGGGAUAUAUUCAUCGGUACCAGAAAUCAGAAGACUGGAGGGGUUUAAACUGCCAAUGGUGCAUGUUUAUUGCUUUGAGAAGUUCAGCCCUGAUGAACCAGAGCCGAGUGAUGAGGACAUCCAGCGCAGAAUUCACACGAGGAUGUGUAGAAUCAUUGACUAUCCAUUGGACUAUGACACUCUACAAUUCCAAUUGGUGAGAAAAGUUGCACCUACAAAGCCAAUGUACCGUGUGUCUUUCCAACUCCCGGAGCAGGUGGCAUUCAAGACUAUUUAA